UAUGAGCGUUUGCGUGCAAAUUUCUAGUGUAAAUAUGGCGUCUCAAGAAGAGGAUAACAAACUUGAGUGUAUAUCAAAUGUAAACAAAGACCAAGAAAGAUACUACUUAAAUGUAUAUAAGGUGAAAAAUUGAAAUUCUCGUGCUUCUAGUUAUAUUAGUUGAUUACAUCUCGCAUGUUCAUUGUGAAUCCAGUGUUAGUUCUAUUUUCUCAUGGCGGCCAUAUUCGGUGUCGGGUCACCUCAGAAAAUAUCGAGGAUAUUGGUUGUGAAAAUUUGAGCAAAAAUUGAAGUGAACCCGGGCCAGUUACCCCAUGGACCGUUUGCCAAAAGUGUGCUGGAACCCGAUCUCAGUUUGCAUUGGCGACAAUUUUUCUAGUUUUGGAGCUUGUUUGUUUUAAUUGCUUGCCCAAGAUGAGCUCUAAAUCCGAAGAUAUAUUUUGUUAUACGCCUUUCAAAAGAUAUGAAUUUAUUCUGAAUGAUAAAUCUGAACAGUUUGAACAUAAAGUCCAGUCACUGAUUGACGUCUGGAAAAGCAUAUCGGAGCUGAAUUUUUCUCAAUUUGACAUUAAAUACAUUAUUCAUAUAAUUGAUUGGGCUAAAUUACAUGCUCUGAAUAUCGUGUUAACGGGAGAAUGGAGAUCCACAAAAGAAAGUUUUCGAGAUAGUCUACUACAGUGCAUCGAAAAGGCCCAGCAGAGUUUAGCUAGCAUAAAUGACGCCUUCUCAACUCGUUGCCAAAAGUUAGCUGAUGUAGUUAAAAAACCCUGGGAAGAUCCUGUUUUAUAUAACCUAAUACAAGAACGAGAUGCAGAGAUCGGAUCAAAAGAAAUCGAAUUCUUCUGCGUCGAAACUGCUUAUUUGGUGUCUGUGCGAUUGAAAAAACUCUGUGAAAAUCAUUGCGAAGAUCUUGCCCUCAACUUGGUCACAAAUUUCUUGAAAUGUAAGAAGCAAGCGACAAUCCAGAAUUUCAGUUUAAAUGCCACCGAAACUCAACUAUGGUUCAUUUUUGAUAUUUACAUGGCACUGUUGUACAAGUUCCAAGAUAAAGAUAAAAUUUUUGAGCAGUUUCAAAACUUGCAGUUAGCGGAGGGUGUGCAGCUGAUCAAGAGGUUCUCCAAGAAACGUGUGAAAAUAUCCAAAAUUUGGCGCAACUGUCAUAAAAUUGCUAUUUUCGGAUCUAGAUAUUUUCUGUCAAAAGCACUAAUGAGCUACAAUACUGACUUAAGAGAAUUAUUGACAGAUUUAUUGAAAACAUAUCUAGCGCUCUCCAAUACAGAUGUUCUUUUGCAAGAAUUUGUGUUAUCUGUGAGGAAUCUGACCAAUUUGGCCGAUGCGGAAGGAUUGUGCGUUAUGUGUGAAAUCAUCCAUCGGGAAGCUGCUGAAAAAUUAAGACAUUUUGCCAUCGAAAUGUAUAUCCGAGCGUUAACAACCGAUAUGAACGAAUUGGAACGUCUGAAACAUGUGAAUGAAGAUGUCAAAAUGAAGUUAACUACCUCCCGAUUAGCCCAUACUUUCUCGAAUUUAACGGACCUUCUUGAUGAUCAUGUGAAAGUAGCACGAGAAUGUAUCUUGACAGCGUUCAGCUUAGAACCUACAAAGGAACGUCUGAAGCGAAUAGAAGAACUGGCGAAACGAAGUGGCUUUCCUGUUUUGGACACUGGUCAAGAAUGGCGAUGCAGGCUCCAUCCGCCGGUAUUACCAAGUGAUGACUUAGCCUGGGUAUGCCCUGAGUGUGGAGAGUGGAUGUCUAAGCCUGAAUUAACAGCCCCCCUUCAAAUGAACACUCCUCUGCAGGAGGCAUUGCAAGAGUCUAUCUUGGGCAUCUCAGAAGCCCUUUGUGAUGACCUAGUCGUCUGUUUGUCGAAUCCUCGGUAUCAAAUCUUAAGCUGGCUACUUUCGUGGGGUGACCUAUACCGGUUGUGCAUAUUGUAUUUGAACGACCCAGAGAAGACAAAAAAUUUCGUAACUGAAUUGAAAUUUGUGGAUGUUGAUUACUCCAUGUUUGAUCACAUUAAACGUGAACCAGUGGAUGAGUAUACUGGUAUUGAAAAGGGUUACGAGCAGUACUUGGACAUAGAUUUUGUUUCUGAUGAAGAGACUUCCUCUGUAAGCGAGGACUCCCUGUGCCAUGAAAGAUCUGCUGGCUUAGGUAGUGAUGGUACUGAAGAUUCUGGCUUACCGCUGCCGCAGCUGAAGUCUGACCCUAAUACCCUCAAAAGUCUCCGAAUGUUUAGACCAAGCCUGAAGAGAAAGAAAGACGAUAUGGAUCCACCAGUAAAAGACAAGAAAAUUAGCCUUACUAUGCGCAAUAAUUCGUUAGCUGUUAGUAGAUUUGAGUCCCACGAAGUGUCCGUUACAAAUAGGAUUUUGCCGUUCCAAUCGGCGAAAGAAAACCAGAACUUUCCGGACAGGAUUUAUUUGCCAAAAGCCGCUGAAGUACCUGAGGGCAACUGUAUUUCGACACCAGGAAACUUCAGCAAACACGAUAAUUCAAAUCAGCCAGGAAACUCAAUUUCUCAAUUGCAAUCUCCUGGUUGGAAUUCGGAAUUGGGAGCAAAUGGACACAUUACAGCUAGUACUUCAUCUCAACCAGUAAAUUCCGUCUUCAAUACGACUAAUUUAAGUAAUGUAACAUCCACAAGCUAUGUGUCGAACAUCAUAAGGAGCAGCUUAACCUACGGAGUGCCAAAAAUCACUGAUAAUACGCAGUCAUUAACGCCUUCAAGCACAUACACUACUCCUAGGCAAGGAGUUGUGCCUUUGAAUGCAGUGGCAAAAAAGAGCUCUUUGAAGCAAUCGAGUUCGUUUACAACUUCUUCCAAUGUGGGACAAAAGAGUAACAGAGCAAUGCAUAAAAAUCAGUCUGCUGUAGUUCAUUUUACAAAAAGUAAAGCCGAUGCUCUCCAACAAGCCUCGGAUCUGGAUGCGUUACUAAAGGAAGUGGUGCAAGAUAUAGAUGACGAAUUAAUUCCAAUAACAGAUACUGAGUCAAAAAACGGACUGGCUGCCACGUUGCCUCAACUUGGUGGGCAAGUGGCGAACAUUCAGAAGCAGUUAAUCCAAGUAUCUCACCAAAUAAUGCCCAUUCCAUGCCAGAGCCAAAUGAAAUCACUGCACGAAAUGUUCUCGCCCAGUGGUACCAGCGACGAUUGCAAAAUGAAGCUGAGAAACGUCAGCAACUCAGAGAAGAAACGGGCGUACAGUGGGGAAGUUUUAGAUUCGAUCAAGAAGAGAAAGGAGACCAAGAUACAGGACUCAACCACACUAGAGAUUGGAGAAGAUCCCUACAAAUUAAUGGAUCUCACAAUCAGAAUUCCAAGGCUAAAUCUGAAAAAACACAAGUGUCGUCCGAAAUCAGUUGGUCAAAUCAGCCAAAAGGCAAUAAAUCCAAUUUGGGGCGGCGACAUGGCACAGGACAUUCGCAAACAAGCCCCGAUUCGUUUGAAAGAACUGACCAUUCGGUUAAGACCCGAAGAUAUGAUUCAGCCACACACAAUCCAACUGACGAGUUCACAUUCAAUGCAGCCAGAGACACCGGUUUUAAUGGAAAAUUCCCCAUCAGUUCUAAGUCCUGUUGUGUCGACAGAGCGGCAGAUAUUAACGACAACGCAAUCCGUAGUACCAACAGUAACUUCCGAUCUUCGCGUUUUAUCUCCGAUAGAACAGCAACUAACACUGCCAACCUUUUCACCGACAGAGGUACAAGCAGAAAAUCCAAUUGGUCCGAUCGAAACCGAAUCGACAAUAUUCCCGAAUCAAAACGUUGCACAGAAAGAGUUUCCAAUAUUGCCAAUUACGAAUCCGGAACACAGACAUUGCAGGUUCAUUCAAUUAACAUCCGAUCAGGAAGCUUUGAUACUCCCUCGGGCCACAUUACAAGCAUUAACCAAAAGUUGUUCAGUGUCAACUCAGCAAAUCAGGAUGAAUAUAUGGCCUUCAAGUGUUAUGGAACACAAUCAGCUUCCUCAAAACUGUGUCCCGUUGAAAACGUUAUCAGUCACAAUCAAACUCCCUCUGCCAUUGCACUUGGACAAGAUAGUUUUUGUGCCACACGAAAAAAUCAAGGACGUUUUAUCGACAGCAACCUACUCACAGGGCGUGUUCCGAACGACGGUGAAGACAUCAGACUUUCAACAAAUUUGCCAACAGGGUACUGUUAUUCCCAUAACAUCUAUUCGGCGGACAUCCUGCCCUCAAAACAACCAAGAAAGUACAUUGGAUAUAUGCCCCGAUUCCUUUCAGAAUCAGAAAGCGGCAACGGUGGAUUGUGACGAAGAUGAAAUUGAUAAUAACAAUAAAAAGACUGAUCCUUUUACUGAUUUUACUGAAACUGUACCGAAUAGCCCCAAAGAGUUAGAGAAGACUGAUCAGGUUAAAAAUUUAAUAGACGUGAAAUACGGUAAUCUUGAAAUAGUCAAAAUGCGUUCAUUGGAAAUAGAACAAGUAACUGAUUGGGGGAAAUCGUAUUAUGAAAGUUCACAUGGCAGUACUACAUCAUCUAAAGAUGACACCAGUGAACACAGUUUUACAUCGAGUGAGGAAGUCAAUGAUCACAAUAUUAAAAAUAAUACAGUUAACGAGUCUGUAAGUGAAUUUGAUCAAGGUAGCACAAUAAAGCAAACAAUUGACUGUGAUAACAAAAGUGAAUCAGACUCGGAUAUUGAUAGUAGUCAUACAGAGGAAGAUAUUUGUGAUACUGAUUCAACUUUGGCCAGAAUAGAUGAGUGGCUUAAAGAAGCUUUAAAAUGGAAUACCAAAGAUAAACUAAACCAUAUGAAACAGAAAACUAAAUUUGAGACAAAAUAUUUUUGUGAAUCCGGUGCUAUAGCCAUGUCUAAUGAAAGUGCAAUAAAUUCCUGCGAAAGGACAACUGACCCAAACGAUCAAUCGUUAACAGAGACAACCAGUAAUAACGAUCGAAGCGAGCCAAAUAUGUGCAGCAGGCUUGCUGAAAUAAGAGAGAACAUUAUUAAAAGUUCGUUGACCAAACACGACACUAUUAAAGAGUCCGUUAAAAGUCUAGAGCAGUGUGAAAAAAGUGACCCUCAGAAUAAUCAAAAUGAUGUAGCUACAGAGACGUCCAUGCAACAUGCCUAUAAUCAUUUUUCAGAUAGUCCCUUAAAUUCAACUGAACGAAAGGCAUCUGAUGAAACCGUUGUACAAAAGGAACUACGUAUAUUAAUAGAACGUGAACAUUUUUUAGAUUCCGUUAAAUAUCAGCAAAACAUAGAAAGGGAGUCAAUCGAAAACACAAACGACAUUAUUUUUCCAAAAAACUCGAAAAUAACAUAUCCGAAAAGGCUAGAGUCUGAAAAGGAUUUUUUGUUUUCGGACGUUUUCAGCGAUUCCUCGGUUAACGUAGACAAAGAGAAUAUAAACAAAGUUGCACAGAAUAAUUGCCAGCCAAACAGUGAUGAGGUAGAUCAACGUCGCUGUAAAUCCGAUUUAGACUACCUUAAGUCAUGUCAGGAUGCCAAUCCGGUGCUAAAGAGGUAUUCUAAUAACCGAAAAAGAAAACAUGAUGAAGUUCCUUGCUUUAAAGUCGAUCAGGAAAAAGCACAAAACCAGUUGACUGUGGCACUAAAACGAUUACCUGAGGUUAUUGCAAGACCUAAUGUAAAAGUGCUCGUCUCAGACCCGUUUAAAAAUGAUGAAGAAUCUUCUGAUGACGAAGAUGACGAUGUAUUCAAGAGGGCAUCGCCCCUUGCAGACUGCAACAUUCGCAAUGAAAUAAAAAAGAAAUUAAAUAAAACGUAUAACAAAAAGCAUAACUCCAAUCGCAGGAAGAGAAUAAGGAAAUCUGAUCAAGAUGAUUUGGGUAAAAACUCUGGUGUGCACGUGAAUAUAUACGAAGAUAAAUUCUAUAGUUUAAUAGCAAAAGUGAGUCGUCCUUUAUGCCGAAGUGGAGCUAUGAACCUUAACAUUCCAGGAUUGAAAGAUUAUUCGGAAAUUUUACCAAGGAAUGUUAAUCACGUGGUAAAUGUUGUGCAACACACUAUUCCGCGGUCUUCAAGUGUUACAAAUCAAAACACACAGACUAGUACACAAGUAACGCCUCACAUUCAAAGAAUUGGACAACCCAAACUACCCGAUCGCAAGCCAGACCGUUACGAAAACGAAUCAGAUCAAGCUCCAGCAAGCUCGCCGGUGUCAAAAUCGCCAUUGACUACAAACGCUUCCACUUUGAUCAACAUAUUAAGUAACGCGAAACCUGGUCAGAUGAAAUCCGUAACAGCGAGCCAGACUCCUUUUGUAAACAUAUUAUCUCAACAAGUUCUAAACCCCGCAGUACAUCAAGCAGAACCAUCGAAUCCCACUGUUAUAAAAGUUGACUCUGACACUAAAAUAGACGUACAAGCUACGAAAAGUGUUAAUACAAAUUUAAGGAUUGUCACUACUACCACUCAGGCAGGAGGUGCUUCGACAGCAUCCAGCCCUGCUCAGGGCGGCACAAUAUUACAGUUCAUCUGUAAGAGUUCUUUGCCAAAAUUCCAACAAGCUUUUGGUAAAACCGUUUAUCAAGCGGGAACGGGAACAAUAUGUGAAGGAACUUCGGAUUCAUCUGCAUCGUCGCCUGGUGAAUCUUGCAGUCAAAGUCAAGUUGCAGCUACGUUGGAGACGAAGAAAAUCACCGCUAAAGCAGUGCCAGUUAAUGUUCAACCUUUAACAGGAAAUGUAAUUUUUAGAGGUCAAGUUCCGGUUGGUCAAACUGUAAGUUUGAUACCACCGGGCAGCAAUACAAGGCAACUUUUUAGAAUUACUGGUUCUACACAUGAGCAAAUUAACUUGGUGAAAGAAACGCUUAUUCAAAAUAAGAUGGGAGCUCUGCUACAUGCCAUUCAAACUAAGCCAAAAGUAACGGUAGAACAGAAUGGUGCUCAAACCGAAGAAUACACAAAAAUUACACUAUGUAAAGGCUCUACUGUCUCUUCGAAUACCACUAGAAUCGUCAAACCGAUUCAGUUGCAAAUUCCUGCUAAUGUUAUUAGAGCUCCUCAGCCAGCAAAUGUCAGUUCAACUACCUUAGAACAACUAAGAGAGUUUGAUAUGGUUUAUAAGCAAGUCAAAGAGAGAAGUACGAGCACCCCAGUACAGCCAGAAUCCACAUCUCAAACUAGACAAGAGGCUCCGCAGCAACAAAGAAUCAGCUUUGCUUAUGUGAACCAAGUUCAAAAAUAUACCCAACUUGCCCCUGUAGUGGUUGUAAGUACCUACAGCUCGAUGCAGCAAAGUGUUUCACCGGCAUUAAGUGUCUCCUCGCAAAGCGGUUCCAGUUCUUCAAUCACAACAGUAAACACCAUUGCAGUGCCUAAAGUCGCCGUAAAGCCUUCCAAGGGUAAAAGCAUUAGCAAGAGCUCUAUAGUAAAGACUUCUCCUACAACAGUGCCAGCCAUUUCUAAGCCGCAACAAAAACCUCAGGAAGAUGAACUAACAACUCAAAGAAUAUUUGAUAUCCUCGCGGGUUAUGCAGAGCAAUUGAGGAAUUCUCCAGAUUUAAAUAACAAACCGGCCCCGAGGCGACGAUCGAAUCCCCCGACUAAUCCCAGUUCAAACACUACUUCGUCCUCGUCUAGUAAGAAGAAAAAGAAAAAAAGCAGUAGUUCAACGACGAGUACGUUGGUGGAAACUGACAACGAAGAUUUAACUAUGGGAAGCGAGGAUAGCUCUGGUGGUAAUAUUGUGCAGCUUUCUAUGACUGAUGAGGAGCAAUCUCAAUCUGCGAGUGUUACGCCUACAGAAUCGAACCUGGAACCUGCAACAUCAAAUGCAUCCAAUCAUAGGCCCAUAAUUGUGACGACCGACGCAGCAAGCCAUCCUAGAAACGUUAUCAUAGCGGAUUCCAGCAUGGGUGAUACGUUAAAAAUGCAAAACACCACCCUUUUAAUGCCUGGCAAUUACAUAAUGCCUGUAUCUGUUGUCAAAAGUGGCCAGCCAAUAGCUGUAGUGUCCGGAGGUAGUAAGAUUCUGACGACGGUUCCCACUAGGUCUGGACAAAACAUGCUUCUCUUUCAGAACUUUGUUAAUCAGAGUAAGAAAGGCGCGAUUUCUACCAUUAAGUAUUCCACACUCCAGCCCUUUUCAGGGCUCUCGGCUUCUGCUAUUGGCACAGUAAAUCAAUCAGCUGUGGUUUUGCCGAGCAACUCCGUCGCCACUGUUGCAUUAGGGCAACCUAUAACUCUCAAGAAAAUUGAAGAUUGUGAUAAAGGAACCAACACGGAACUCCUUCUCACGAUAGCCCCACCCAGAGAAGCUGUAAAAGUUGAAAAGUGUCCAGAUAUUCCGCAGCCAGAUAGUAGUACCAGUUUGUCCUGCGAAACCAUCGAAGUGAAAGUAGAAGAUCAGACAUCGGCCGAUUUAUCUACAAAUGCCGUUUUAAAGAGUAUUAAUAGGAAUAGUUGCGUAGCCACUUCAGUUAUUGCUUCAGUGAUCAAAAAGGAAGAUGCGGAUUCCGAAACCGAGUCAGCAGACGCUACAAUUAUUAGAACAGUAGAUAGUUCCAAGCAACUUGAACGCAUCAGUUCAGUGUUGGUGAAUACCUCAGCCUCCAAUGGGCCUAUGCUGUCUCACACAAAUCACCGAUAUAGAAAAUCAAGUGAAGGAGUCGAAUGCACAACUGUAUCUUCCAAAGAAUUUAACCAGAAUUCAAUGAAGGUACCUCAGUCUGCUACCAAAAUACUGAAAAAUAACGCCGUUUACUAUGCGAUUCGCACGAAAAAAGCAAUAAACAAAAAGAUUGAUAGUGAAAUGCAAAAACAGGCGGCAAUGGAGAGAGAGCUGCGCUUGCAAAAGACAUUGUCAGAAGAAUGUGAAGACCUGGGCGUGGACGAACCGAGCACCAGUGACUUAUUUCCUGAAGCUGACUUACUAUUUGACUCAAAUCAUUCUCCAUCUUAUGAUCAGUCGGGGCAAAAAGUGCAAGGAACAGAAGCGAAAACUAAACACUCGAUGCAUCUGUUUAGCGAUGAUGAAAAUUCUGGACCUUUGCGUAAUGAUUUGUUUGAUUAUGUUGAGUACAAUCCGCCUGACCGAGGACUGAAUCAGGUAAAUGGAAAUAAUAUCUCGAUUGAAUCCACAUCGUCAUGCGAUGACUCCACUCUUUUGCCCAAUUGCGGAAACAUGGCGGAAGUUACUUUAAAUUCGCCCAUAUCUCCUGAAUACAGUGAGAAUAAUCAUAACAUCAUCAAGUACAAAUAUAAAUAUACUAAUCGGAAAAAAGGAGAAAAAAGUGCUAAAUUGCCGCAGGAAGUGUGGCCGGGGAUCACCGAAGUCACUAGUUCGGAAGAUACCAUAGAACUUGUAAAAGAAGAUGAAACUCCCAUAGCCAUUCAAGAGGAAACUGUCAUAAAUGAAGUAAUUAAUGAAGAUGAUACGUUAGUACUGGAGCAAGACGAUAAUUCUGAUGCCACUUUAACAAUUCGUUGUCCCGUUCACACAUUGAACGAUGACAACAGGAGUUCAAGAAAAAGUAUCAAGAAGUUAUGUUCUUGUUUUAAUGGCUCGAGAUCAACCAAUGUAACUAAUAAUAGAAAACGAUUGGCUUCCCCAAAGUCCUAUAUAACAAACAAGAAAAUAUUAUUGAGUAAAAAAAGAUAGUGCCAGAAAAACACACGGCGCUUUUUCUAUUAAUAUGCUAUACUGAAGGAUGUCGACAUAUUCGUUUUGUGUGUCUUUAAGAGGACCCAGAAGUUACUAACUAUAUCUGAGGACUAUAUAAAUCUUCAUUUACGCCACAAAAUAAUGACUUAAAAUAAAUUACUAUUUUGUUCAAUCGGAAUUGUACAAGUAGGUGUUGGUAUUUUUCCCUGUGACUACACGUACUCAAGAUGGGACGAAGAGAACUACAAUUGUGUGUGCGUGUGUGUGUGUGUACUUGAGUCAUUCCUUUUAAUUAGAAAAUGUAUUUUUAAAUUUUUAAAAAUACAGGGUAAACCGGGGCUUGGGACCCCCAAGGUUUUGUAUAUAUCCUGUAUCACAACAUAUUUUCAAGGAACGUAGAACUUGAUGUGUGUAAAAUAGAUUGUAGGUUACGGCUUUAACUAAUUAUAUUUGUACGACUCUUGUAAAUAUCAAAUUGCUCAUCGAUUCGCGGUCAUUUCGUAGCAACUGUUGCCCAUGAAAUAUGUAUGUGAUUAACAUAAAACUAAAUUAUAUAUUCUUAGAUUCUCUUGCUAUCAGCCAUGUAUUAGUUAAUUUCAGAUGCUUCAGACCAUUUUAUUUAUUUAGUUAGUUAGCAAAUGAUAUAUAAUUUGUCUUGAUAAUUUUCUUGUAUUGUAUUUAUUGUAUUGCCUUUUGAAAAAAUUCCAAUAAAAUUUGAGUUAAAGAUUGCACUCGAGGGCAAAUUUGAGAAUGUAAAAUUGUGUCCGGUCCAUCCAACCUACGAUUGCAAUCUUUAUAGAUGGAUGUCGCCAGUGCUACCUAUAUUCAAAUGGUGCAAUUGGGUGUAAAAAGAAAUAAGAAUGUUUGGCUAUUUUUUUAUCUGUUUUUUCUGCAAAUUUAGCAUUUUUAUUCUUAAUAAAAAAUAGAAAUUCAAGAAAUUAUAAAUAAAUCAAAUAUUUCAUUAAAAUUGUAUAAUAGCAUUUUUAUUAUUCUAUUAUUGAUUGUAUAAAAUCGGCAUCGCCCAUAUGAUAUGUGGUCGAAUAUUGCGCUGGUGGCUAUACUGAAUUCGUAGAUACCUACAUUUAGACUAUUGGUAUUGUAAUAAUCUUUCAUCUUCUUUGCCUUACAAAUUGUCGUGAUUACGAAAAAUAUUGUUAUUUGUUUUUUUAUUCAUUCUGACUGUUGUUUGGAUUCUUGCUAUCAGUUCUGAAGUUUACUAAGCGGGUCUCAUUGUAGAAUUGUGGCCAAGUGUGUCAAUAAAUCUGUUGGAAAAUUGUAUCGUAUCAAAUAGUUAAUAAAUAUAUGUCGUUUCCAAAAUUGCGUUCUUUGAAUAAAGAUUGCGUUUUGAAGAAGCGUCCUGCUCUAAAACCAUACUUGAUUGUCUUUAAAGUUGAGAACUAUCGAUGAGUAGCAGCGCUGGCGCUGCAUUGACUUACCUAGUAAAUUAAUGAAUGUACAUAGUUGGUUCUUUUAAGGGAUUGUUGCAUACGUGAUCAAAAUUGAUGUUCUUUAUCGCUAAAAAAAUAAUUGCUAUCACUUUGUGAAUAGAUUCUAAAGAGUAGAUAACAUACAACAUAACAGUGUGCAAUAGCCACUAGCCUAACUCAGUAUCAUCUCAACGUGAGCGUACAGCAUAAGGAACUAAAUUCGCUAUACUGUGCUGUUUACCGCUUUUAUUUCAUAUAAUUGUAAUAUGUGUGUAUGGAGUUGAACACUGAAUAUUUCCUUUUGUUAUUGUUUAGUUUAUAAUUUAUACUUUCAAGGGCAUGCAUGGAUAUUGCAUUCAUUUUAGCUGAGCAUAAAUGUGGGUAAAUGGAUGCACACUUUAAAAUUCUUGCCGGAAAAGUAAGUGCAGCAAAUUCGUAUAUGUAUAUUUUUGGUAUAUUAAUUUCAAGUGCUACCUUUCAUUUUAUGCUUCGGAUGCAUCGAGUUUUCUCCCUAAUUUAUUUUUUCUUUAAGGUUAAUAACUAUUACUCAGCUGCCCACAAUUGUAUAUUCUUUGGCUGUGUUCAAAUUUGUUUCAUUUACUUGCGUUCGUGUAUUUUUUAACCAAUCCCAAAUUGUAGUUUGAUAGGACGAACUGUGUAUGUUUUUUAUUACAGUAUUUUUUCGAAAUAAAUGUUCGUAUGAAAAAUGCAUCCAUGUACUUUCAUGUUGGUUGUGCCAAAUUCAUUUUGUUAAACAUUUGAGAUGUACGCUGUAUUAAUUUAAUUUUGAAUCAGUACUUUUAUUGGACCGUAUUAUGUACAUAACUGUAUUUAGCUGUUAGUAAACGAAUAUAAAUAAAAAUGCACAGUUUCAGAUUUAAA